CGGGUCGGGCGGGCUUGGGGUUGUGGUGGCACGCUCGGAGAGCUGAAAGGCUCUCUAGAGAUUUGGCUCUCGCUUUUGUUUUCGUGUUCUGGCUCGGAUGCCUUUCUAGUCCUAUCUCUUGCCAGGCCCCUCUGUUCCCCUGGUGGUGACAGAUCAUCUGCCCCCAGUUAAAUACGUUUUGGAGACCCCUCUUCUGCCCUUUAGGAAAGUCAGCCACACGGAGGCACUCCUGGAACUCUCUUCGUAGAUCAGGCUAGCCUGGAACUUGCAGAAAUUCAGCUGCCUCUGCCUCCUGAGUGCUGGGAUUAAAGGCGUGCGCCACCACGCCUCCUAUUACUGGGGUUUGCUGCCUGUCUGUACACAGUUCUUUCCCCAUCGUCUCAGAUAGUUACAGUUAGCAUCAGCCAGGUUCACUCCAUCAGCUAGGGACCACUGAUGUGAUCUCCUGGCUUUCUGUUUCUGCCCAUAAGCUACUCCUCACAACAGCAACUCCCUUACAGGAUUAGAUGGCUGAGGACAGAGAGUGACUUUACACCCCACUCUGCAUAAACGCUGGGUAGAAGGCGGUGGCCACUCUCAGGGGACGGAUAAGCCAGGCAGAAGAGACAGAUUUCGUUGGCACUCGGGGUUUGAAAGGUCCCCUGGGAGGAUACUUAAUGGGCCUUUUGGAGGUCGAGCCUGGAAGCACCUCAGGCUGGUGAUUCUCAGGUUUGCUGGGCGGGGUUUGAGGAGAUGGAGUGUUGAAGCCCUGGGGAGAACCAGUCCAAGAGGAAGAAUAGACCCCAGAGCUGGGGAGUAAAUGUUUCAAGGGGUAUUGUUCAGCCACGAGGGAUAAGUGAGUCCUAAGGGCUGCUUGCUGGGCUCAGUGAUCAGCAAGAACUCUCUGGGCCAAAGGAAAGGGGUGUCCCUGGAUACUUGGGGGGAGGAGCCACAGGGCCUCACAGUCUGUCAGUCAGCAAGUGAAGGUCAGUGGGCUGGAUCUGUAGUGAGUGUAAAAGGGGAGGUCAAAGCAGAGAGACCAGUGACCCACACAGGCAUGCUGUGUUGGUGUUCUGAGGACAAGCAAAGAAAGAGGGCCACUCCAGAAUGUAAUCAGGCUCUGAGGCAGCUGAGAUGGCCAGCCUCGAUGAACUCAACAUUAGGGCUCUUUUUAUUUAGCAUUUACUUUAGGUUGUGACUCCUGUAGGGCAAUUGCUUUGGGGCAGCAGAAAAAAAAUAUACUUUAAAAUGAAAAAAAAAUUUUAAUUUAGUUAGCAUAACUAACUAGUAUGUGAGGCUUUUUUUGUUUUAUUUUGUUUUUACACAAAAGUUUUUUUUUGGGGGGGUAAAACAAGUUUCUCAUACCAAAGCCCCUAAUCUAAUCUGUACAUUUUAUAAAUGAAAACAUCAGGCCCCUGCAACUUUAGUCCUUAUUGUACACUGCUUGCAGUACCCAAUAAUGAGGGACAUUCCAGGUGUGCCAGGACUAUCUUGUGAGCAAAGUCAUGCAAAGACUGUAACACAUCUUCAGAAAAACAACUCUGUAGAUAAUAGAAGACAACUAUUCAUUCUGAUGUCUACCCUAGCUACAGUGAUUCUCCUAGUGCUGGCCAGGGAGUAGGUGUGAAGUGUCUGGCCUCUGGGUCUAUUCUGAAGCCACAGAAGGGUUGGCUGUACUCAUUUAGGGUUCUGAGCAGCAUGGAGUAGGAUGGAUUAGGGACAUUUGAAGGACAGGUCAAGACUGGACUUUGCAUUUUGAGCCCCAAACAAAGUAAGUGAUCAGGGUGGCCCUUGACACCAUGGCUAGUCUGAGCACCUCGGAGGGCAGAACUGAGCUGCAGAACACCAUUUGGUAAAAGGAAUCAGGCAUGUGGGGGGUUGAGAUGCUGGGUGGAGGAAUGAAUGACGCUGGUCUUGUCCCUGUGGAAGUUCCCGGUAGUAAACCCCAGUUGACAGAUAAUUUCGGCACAUCCCAGGAGCAGCCUGACCUGCUGGGAAUGGCAAGGGGCUACUGGAUAGUCCAAGCUGGAAAUGAGGUGGGGGGUGGGGAGAGGACUGAGCCCGGAGUUUGGCAGCUUCUGUGUCUGAAGGAGGGCACCGUGGGAUUAUGCAAUUAGGACCUCAUGGGUGUGUGUGGGGUUGUCCCAGUAUCUUACUUCCUCUACUAAAAUCCAAACGUCUGUAGCCCUCUGCUUCUGAGCAGCAGACGCUUCCGGGUUCUGGUCAGCCCCGGAAGUGGAGGUCAGUGGCACCUAAUCUGUCUUAUGAUCAAGGAUAUACCAAGAGUAUCCUCAAAAAUAAGCGACGGCACUCCAGUUCCUAAAACAGGCACAAUUCCAUUCUGUCUGUCCCUUGCAUGUCUUCCUCUUUGUCCCCCUGAAGCUCCAUCAUCAGGUUCUUGCUUUCUUGGUUCAGGAAGAAGCUGCCCUUCCCGAGGUCUCCCCUGUGUAAGGGUAGGACACCAUCUUCACAGCCGCCCCCGCAAGCAUAGAUUAUCCGUGUGACCCGAUUCUGUCUCCUCUCAGCUCUGAAGUGUGCACAUCCUGGCGUACACAUCCCAAGCGACCCACUUCUCUUCUUGUGAUGCCCGCCCCGACGUGCUCCUCCUGCCACACGGCCCGGGCCGCCCUCCGCCGCCCGCACUCCGGGCAGGCGCUGUGCGGCUCCUGCUUCUGCGGGGCCUUCGAGGCUGAGGUGCUGCACACGGUGCUGGCCGGGCGCCUGCUGCCGCAGGGCGCCGUGGUGGCCGUGGGCGCCUCCGGCGGCAAGGACUCCACGGUGCUGGCUCACGUGCUGCGCGAGCUGGCGCCGCGCCUGGGCAUCACGCUGCACCUGGUGGCCGUGGACGAGGGCAUCGGCGGCUACCGCGACGCGGCGCUGGAGGCCGUGCGCAGCCAGGCGGCGCGCUGGGACCUGCCGCUCACUAUCGUGGCCUACGCAGAUCUCUUCGGGGGCUGGACGAUGGAUGCUGUGGCCCGCAGCACCGCGGGCUCCGGCCGCAGCCGCUCCUGCUGCACCUUCUGCGGCGUGCUGCGGCGGCGUGCGCUGGAGGAGGGCGCUCGCCUCGUGGGAGCUACGCACAUCGUGACAGGCCACAACGCUGACGACAUGGCGGAGACGGUGCUCAUGAACUUCCUGCGUGGUGACGCCGGGCGGCUGGCCCGGGGUGGCGUGCUGGGCUCCACGGGCGAGGGGUGCGCCCUGCCCCGGUGCCGGCCUCUGCAGUUCGCCUCGCAGAAGGAGGUGGUGCUUUACGCGCACUUCCGCCGCCUGCGCUACUUCUCCGAGGAGUGUGUGUACGCCCCGGAGGCCUUCCGAGGUCACGCCCGCGACCUGCUCAAGCGCCUGGAGGCGGCCCGGCCCUCGGCUGUGCUGGACCUCGUGCACUCCGCCGAGCGCCUCGCUCUGGCCCCCGCUGCACGGCCUCCUCCUCCAGGCACCUGCUCCCGCUGCGGGGCGCUGGCUAGCCACACGCUCUGCCAGGCCUGUGCGCUCCUGGACGGCCUCAACCGAGGCCUGCCGCGCCUGGCCAUCGGCAAGGGCCGCCGUGUGCUGCAAGCCGAGCCGCCAGCAGCAGGCAACCCGAGUCAGGCCACCGGUAACCCUGGAGCCCCACCGAAACCCUGCUCCUGCAAGCAACCCACAGACGAAGCUGGCCUGUGCGGGGGUGGAGAGGACCGGCCAGGAGCCACCUGUGUCUUACAGAGUGACCCGAGCGCCGCUGCGGAGUGACCUGAGCCCUGCGCUCUACCUUGCCCUGCGUCCUGGGAAGUGAUUGUGCCCUGCAGUGCCCUGCGCCCCUGGAGGGAUUUGUGCGCCCUGCGCUUCCGGAGCGACUUGUGUCCUGUCGGACCUGCGCUCUGCUGGCUGCCCUGCUUCUCUGUGGAGUGGCUGCACCCUGUAGAUUUACUGUACAGUGCCCUGCAACCUGAGCCCUGUCAAGUGUCUACCCGGUGAAGGGACAUGCGCUGUCCAGCAACCUGAACCUUGAAGUUGAGGGAGCCCCAGGCUACCAGGUCUGAAGGAGAACAGACCAACAAUCAUGCAUUCCUGCACACCUCUGUGGGGUCUCUGUGGGCUUAGGAUAGCCCUGGCCCUCAGUUUUGUUUCUCCAAGUGAAGCAAACAAAGUCACGUGAGUAUUAGAAACAUAUUCACAAUCAUCACUGUGCCCCUUUCAUCAAGACUUAGCUCUUGCUCCUAAGGGAAUCAGAACGUUUAUUCUGAACCAGAUGGGAGCAUCCAUGGCUGGAUGACAGUUAAGCAUGAAUUGAGGUUGCCGCAGAAACACUGCUGCAGAAGCAGUUACACAAAUAUUUACAGCCCUAAAACAAUAAAAAGUCAUUAAUCAAGACAUGGGCCAAAUACACUGGGCGGACCUCAGACGGGCUCCAGCAAGGCUAGGGAAAUUCCUUCUGUGAGUCUCAUAGUAGCCGAUGCCCUUCUUAGCCUGUUGUCUGCUGAGUUCACACAUUCCAAACCAAAUUUCCGUGGUUUUCACGCGGUUGCUGGGUCACUGUCCUGGCCUUCCGUUUUUGUUUUUAUUUUGUCAGCUUGACACAGGUUGGGAUCGCCUGGGAAAAUGGCCUGUAGGCAAGCCUGUGUGGCAUUUUCUCAAUUGAUGGUUGAUGUGGAAGGCCGAGCCCACUGUGAGCAGUUCAGUCCCUAGGCAGGUGGUCCUGGGCUGCAGGCUGAGCAAGCCGGGCAGCAGUGUUCUCCGUGGCCUUGCCUUAGACCCUGCUCUGUAACGGAGUGUGACCCGAGAGAUGUAAGUUGAAAUAAAACCUUUCCUCCCCACA